AUGUCCAUCAACUGGGACAAGAUCAAGGCAGCCAAGAGAUUGGAGCUCGAGUCAAGCGAACUGAGUGGCUUCAAAACUUUGAGACUUCGUUUUGAAGUACCAUUAUCACACAGUGACCCGGCAGGCAGCGUGGCCAUCACGAUUCACGCAGACCUGGUAUACGGCGCAGGUCCGGAUGCCAAUGAUACCAACAGCAUCGGUCAUUCCACAGCCGAGACCAUUCUGGAGUCCAUACUGUGCCCAAGCAGAGCCAGUCUCUGUCUAUACCUUUGCGGUGGGCCAGGCGACGAGAACCCGGCGUCCAAGAACCCGGAUCUGACCAGGGAGCUGCUCGGCCGGUUUGGCCCAGUCCUAUACGUCGACUACAGGGGGACGGGCAAGAGCAGUGCCAUCACGAAGGACACUCUGGCGACCAAGACGGCCGAGGAGGCGGCCUGGUACUUGAGCCAAUUCCGACAGGACUCGAUUGCUGCGGACCUCGAGGGCAUCCGGAAGUCUCUCGGCGGCCGUGUUAGGUUUGUGCUCGUCGGGCAGUCGUUUGGCGGCUGGAUCGCCAUGACCUACCUGUCGUACUUGCCGGAGAGUCUGGCAGAGGUGUGGCUGUUUGGCGGGAUGCCGCCGAUGGGCAACACGCCCGAGCAAGUCUAUCGGGCGCUGUACCGGCGCCUGGUCCGCGUUAACCAAGAGUACUACAGCCGUUACCCCGAGGACAAGGCGCGGGUGAUGCGCAUCGUCGAGCGCCUCUCGAGCACCGACAACGGCCGCGGUCUUUUGAUCUCGGAAGAGACCGGGGAGCGGCUCAGUUGCCGCGGGUUCCUGACCAUGGGGCGGCACUUGGGGGGAGAGGAGGGGUUCAAGACGGUGCACUCGCUGGUCGAGCUGUUCAGUAAGGAUGCCGAUACGGGAGGGUUUAGCAGCGGAACAAUCCAGAGCUUCCGGGGGAGAAACGGGACGGGAUUUAAGCUGCCCCAGCGGCCACUGUACGGCGCGGUGCAUGAGGCAAUCUACUGCUUCGGCCCGGGAGUGGCAUCCAACUGGGCGGCCCAGAGGGUCGGGCGCGACCAGGCGGGCGGGAACUUUGCGUGGCUUGGAAGAAACUUUCGGUUCGAGUUCCCGUUCCCUGAUCAGGUCGAGCCCUUCUCUUUCUCGGCCGAGAUGAUUUUCGACUUUAUGCUGCACGAUGCCGGGUCCGAGCUGGGCCCCUUCAUCAAAGCUGCGGAGAUCCUUGCCCGGAAGGAGGACUGGCCUGCGCUGUACAAUUUAGACGCUCUCGGAAGAAACACGGUUCCCGUGCGAGCUCUGAUGUAUCCAGCCGAUUUAUACGUGGACUUUGAGCUGUCCAAGAUUGCGGCUGCGGGGGUGAGAAACUGCAGAGCCAUUCCCGCGCCGGAGCGCUGGCUGCAUGCCUCGGUCAAGACAAAUCCCAAGGAAGUAUUCGAGUUCUUAGCAACCAUGGCUUGA